AAACAUUCUAAAUUACGCACAAUUUUCCCGGUUAAAAAUGGAAACUUAGAGAUCGUAAAAGUUGGUUGGUGGCGGUACAAUCGCGACGAAAGGGGUGCGGCGCACGACACGGCGAUCGCCAUACUGGGCGAACGUGACCGAAGACAGAACAAAAAUGAGUACUCAAGUGUGUGUCAUGUCGCAGUUAUUUCGUUCAUAACAGAGGUUUUAUUUUGACAGUGAGAUUCGUUAGCAACUGGCGCGAUGUACAGCGGACCGUUGAAGAACUGAGGGAUACUGAAAAGCAUUAAUCCGCUGAGGGAACAGCGUAAGAUCAGAAAUAUCGGAACUCGACUUCUUAGACGACUGGCUGUUUCUGCAUGUGUCACAACGAGUGCUACUUCUGUGCGUGCGCGCCUAUUUCCUGACUCUUAUUUUUCUUAAUAUUUUUAACGUUAAUACUUACCAACGGUUACGAAAACGACCAAACCGUUUAGGAUAACGACGACGACGACGACGACGACGACGACGACGACGACGACGACGACGACGACGACGAAGACGACGACGACGACGACGACGAAGACGACGACGACGACGACGACGACGAAGACGACGACGACAAAGACGGCAACGAAGACAAGGGUAAGGACGAGACCGACGACGACAAAGACGGAAACGAAGACAAGGGUAAGGACGAGACCGACAACGACGACUAGGCCUACAAAUCUUAAAGACUGAAGAUUCCUCAAACUACCAAUGAGUUUGGCCGUGUUACGUUGUGUUCGGUCCUACUCCUUUUACUAAUUGCGUGUGUGAUGCCCGGGAGUCGCUCCAGCACGGACCCAGAUCAUAAGUCACCGCGAGAAAGUGGUGAGGAUUCCGAGGAUGAAAGCGAGAUCCUGGAAGAGAGCCCCUGUGGGCGGUGGCUCAAACGCCGGGAGGAGGUAUAUGUAGGUUCUAAACCAUCAUCAACUGAAGGAACCAGCUUUGGUACAACCAGAGGUAGCGAAAACGAAACAACUGAAAUGGAGGUAGAGCAACAAGAUGUUCCAGGAAUUGACUGUGCUUAUUUAGCAAUGGAUACAGAGGAAGGUGUAGAAGUGGUAUGGAAUGAGGUACAAUUUUCGGAAAGAAAAAACUUCAAAGCACAAGAAGAAAAGAUACAACUUGUCUUUGAGAAUCUCACGCAAUUGGAGCACCCUAAUAUUGUCAAAUUCCAUAGGUACUGGACGGAUACCCAUAAUGACAAACCACGAGUUAUAUUUAUAACAGAAUAUAUGUCAUCUGGAUCCUUGAAACAGUUCCUAAAAAGAACCAAACGUAAUGUAAAAAAAUUGCCUCUCCAAGCAUGGAAACGAUGGUGUACGCAAAUACUUUCCGCAUUAAGUUAUCUGCAUUCCUGUUCUCCUCCUAUUAUUCAUGGGAAUCUUACGUGCGAUACUAUAUUUAUCCAACAUAAUGGACUUGUAAAAAUUGGUUCAGUUGCACCUGAUGCAAUUCAUCAUCAUGUCAAGACUUGUAGAGCUAACAUGAAGAAUAUGCAUUUUGUUGCCCCUGAAUAUGGAAAUUCUGUGACACCCGCUAUCGAUAUUUAUUCUUUUGGAAUGUGCGCAUUAGAAAUGGCUGCACUUGAAAUUCAAGGGAAUGGUGAUAGUGGAACAAUUGUUACAGAUGAAAACAUCAGAAAAACAAUCGAAUCUUUAGAUGAUAGCCAACAGAAAGAUUUUAUACGCAAGUGUCUCGAAGUGGAUCCUCUGUGUAGGCCAAGCGCAAGAGAACUAUUAUUCCAUCCGGUUUUGUUCGAAGUACAUUCUUUAAAGCUCCUAGCAGCGCAUGCCUUGGUCAACUCGGCCACAAAUAUUUCCGAAACGAUAACGGAUGAAGUUUUGCAAAGGUUGUAUGGUCCAGACACAGUAGUCGCAGAAAUAAAAUACCAGGGUCGAUCGGUGCAACAAAUUCGCUUAAGUGACAUACCUGUUACCGAAAAGCUAGAAAAAUUUGUUGAAGAUGUAAAAUAUGGAAUAUAUCCUUUAACUGCAUUUAUGGCAAAAUUGCCUCCACCUGCUCGACCCAGAGCUAUAUCUCCAGAAGUAACAGAAUCUGUUAAGUCUGUAACACCGGAGCCAGUAGAUGUGGAAUCGCGAAGAGUAGUUAAUAUGAUGUGUAAUGUUAAACCUAGAGAAGAAAGUUGUGAAUUACUUAUGACAAUAUUGUUACGAAUGGAUGAUAAAAUGAAUAGGCAACUGACGUGCCCUGUGACUCAAUCAGAUACUUCAUUAAUCCUUGCACAGGAACUUGUACACUUUGGAUUUAUUAACGAGAAUGAUCGCGACAAAAUAGCCAAUUUAAUUGAAGAAGCAUUGAGGAGUUGUUUUAAUAAGCAAAUGAUGAUGCCAGGAAUGGUAUCGUUAACCAAUCUUCCUACACAAACUACUUUGUUGCUGCCUGGUCCAGAAUUUUCCUGUUUACAGCACUUUGAUAACUCUGUGUGCAAUGCCACGACAUCCAACAGUGAUAAUGCAAAUAAUUUGCUGCCAAAAAUCUCAGGUCUUUCUGUGUCAAGUAAUAAAACAAAUAAGAGUCACGAUGAAGUAGAACCACCAACGAUUACUGAAAGUGGUAGUUAACCAUCCAGGACGUUUGGUAAAUCAGUUCACUGUGCCACUUUGCACGCUCUAUGUAUAGACUGGCUAUGUAUUUUUAUAUUUAAGUAAAGAGAAGAAGAGAUUGAAAGUAUAGGAGAAGAGGCGCCGUGGCUGAAUCAUUAAGCUAAUCGCAGCUCUAGUACGAACGAAUAGUACGCUUGUGCAAAGCAUUUCAUGACAGUCAAAUACUAACGAUCCAAACUUUUAACAUUUUUAAAAGUUUUACGCCUUCUUUCGAAUUUAUUGGGAAUUAAGGGUCACCGCAAGCAUAUUUUCCUUUUAAUGAGAUGCUUUUUUAUCGAGGCAAAUAUGUUUGUCGAAACAUGUCUUUCUUAUAUUCUGGUAUUCUUGUAUUCGUUGAAGUAGAAGCUCGAUCUGUGUUACUACUUUAUGCACAACCGCGUGAAUAUUUAAUAAAGUAGCAAUGAUUUUUGUUACGAACGAUAUGGACAGAUAUAUAGUUGGAAUUAUAUUAUUUUUACUUGCAUAUUUUAAAUUAACGAAUAUAAAUUUAAAUUUUGUGAUAUAAUCAUAAAGGAAAUGGCCAUUACAUUUAAAAUGUACACGAAUAAUGCUUUAUUGUAUAAUACAUGUACGAAUAAGCGUUGUGCCAUCAAAUAUCUUGUUUAGUAAGACAAAACUGCUCUUUACGAAUCAGCACUAUUUACUUAUAUGCGUUUAUAUUUAAAAUUUCUUAACUGUUCGAGAAUGAAUAAUGCUCAAUAUGGUGCUAAUAAAAAGCUAAUGGCAUUUAAUAUACAUAGAUAUAUAUAUAUAUAUAUAUAUAUAUAUCAAAAAAAUAAAAGUAAAAAAAAUUACUUAAUCUACACAUUCCGGAUCGAUAAAUAGUAUCGUGUCAAUGAUUUCUAUCGCGAUAUAAUAAUUGCUCUUUUAAAUGACGCAACGCGAGUUUUUGUAAUUUUUGCAAUUGUUCGGAAAUUCUGAUGAUGAAUAUUUAAUUUUUUAUGAAGGUUUAGUGGGAAUGGAAUGGGAUGGGACGGGACGGGACAAGACGAGACGAGACAAGGUGGGGUGGGACGAGAUGGGAUGGGAUGGGAUGAUACGAUACGAUAAGUUACGAUAUAGAUAGUAUGGUGUGGCGCGUGGCGUCUACUGUGCGCGCGUGCGUGUUCCUCUUUUUAUUGUAUUCAAUUUUGUCGAGUGGAUAUGCCUAUGAUUGAUUUUCUUAAGAAACUAAAGGAUGCCACGGCCCUGUUAUACUUAGGUAUUAUUGAUGUGAUUAAAUCAACAUUAUUAAAUCUUGGUAAAAUUAGCUGAAAUCCUUGUAAAUAAUUUAUAUUUUUAAGAAGAUCUGUUGAAAAAAAAAACAGAAAACUAGUCAUAUAGGUAUAUUUGAGUGCUAACAAACUAACACCGAACCUUGUUAUGUCUUUUGCAUUUGUAACACAAAUAUGUGCUUGGCAAAAACAUAUUGCUGCAAUUUCAUACCUCAUUAAAAUCGAUUUCAGUGACACAUCUCACUUUGCAAUUGACUAACCAUUAGUGGUAAUCUUACCAACAACAUAAACUUUGACUUUAAAUAUGUAAGUAGAUUAUCGAAAUUAAAAUCAAUGUAUAGCUUUGUAAUUCAAAUUAUAAAAAAUGAAAAAAGUGCGAUGACUGAAGCGUGGAUAUUAUGAUCGGACUGUACGAUGACAAUGGUGAAAUAAAUACUGUAAUUCCGAA